AUGCUUCUCUCAAAUAUUAUCCCAGCUGCACUCAUGAGUAUUAGCUGCGCAAUGGGAAGCCCGCUGGGGACUAACGACGAUUCCCCCGAAUCCUUCGAACUCUUCAAGCCCUCUAAAAUAGGGUUAUACAACACUGGCACUGGCUCUAUCGCUCCUGCUCCGGCUGGUGUAGUGUCCAAAUUCCCCGGCGAUAGGGGUCAAGAUACCACCACGCUCCUGACAUUUACGUAUCCACCUGAGGCGUCCGGAAAGAAAUGCUUCCUUGCGUUCUAUCUUGAUUCCACAGCUUCAGUGAGCGGGAGCGGUAAAAUCGACGUCUUCUCGAGCCUUGGUCCUGCUCCAGAUUACGCCCCAGGGUGGCCGCCUGGCAAUCAGCGCGAUAACCAUAUUGGGCGUCUCACAGCUUGCAAGGGUGAUUUUGCCCGUUGGGACGCCACAUAUGGCAGCUAUCUAACGGAGGAAACCGAUUGUAAGGAACCUGGUACAGUCGAGGCCUAUGAACUUGUUGGGGUGUAUGACGAUGAUUUUGUUUCAUGGGAUCCAUCAGUGGCAGGGUUGGAAAUUUACUAUAAUUAG